AUGUCUGCCAAUAUUCCUCCUCCCUCAGCCAACCAGGACUACAAGGCCACUCUCUUGCCCUUGCUAAUCUCCAACAACGUCCUCUCCUUCGGUUCCUACGUCUUGAAGUCUGGUCGUGAAUCCCCUUACUUCUUCACUUCCUCCCUCCUACACACCGCUCCCCUUUUGCGCGCCACUUCUGCAGCCUAUGCGAGCGUUCUUUCUGCCGACCCAUUCGUGACGACUGCCGCUGACGGUACCACCAAGCCCAACUUCGACAUUAUCUUCGGCCCCGCCUACAAGGGUAUUCCUAUCUGCGCUGCGGUGACCAACGAGCUUGCAGUCCGUGACUCUCUGGCUGGCUCGCCAAAUGGCACUUGGGACAAUGUCAGCUACUCCUUCAACCGCAAAGAGGCUAAGGCCCACGGUGAGGGUGGCAACAUCGUUGGUGCCCCAUUGAAGGGGAAGCGCAUCGUUAUUGUGGACGAUGUGAUCACUGCUGGUACUGCUUUGCGCGAGGCUGUGGAUAUUAUCCAGAAGGAAGGCGGCAUCGUCGCUGGCGUUGUGGUUCUGCUGGACCGUGAGGAGCGUGUCAGCGAUACUGAGUCCAAGAGCGCUAUUGGUGUUGCUCAACGUGACCUCGGAGGCAACAUUCCUAUCCGCGCUGUCAUCGGUCUGAAUGAUUUGAUCGAGCAAUUGGGAGACAAGAUCGGAGAUGGGGAGAUCCAACGGCUGAAGGACUACCGUGCCCGUUACGGCGCGCAGUAA